AUGCCUUACCCUGGAGACUACACUGUCGGCUGGAUCUGUGCUACAACUACGGAGUACGUUGCCGCGCAGGCCGUCCAAGAUGAGAAGCAUGACGGACCGGAAUCACUCUCAUCCACCGACAACAACAAUUACACUAUGGGCAGGAUGGGGAAACACAAUGUUGUCAUCGCUGUCUUGCCAGAUGGGGAGUACGGUAAUCCUCUGCGGCAGUCAUCGCAAGAGAUAUGCUGCACAGCUUUCCUAAUGUCAGGCCUGAUGGUAGGUAUCGGGGGUGGUGCGCCGAGUGCAUACCAAGAUGUCCGACUAGGCGACAUCGUGGCCAGUGCUCCUCGGAAUGGGAAUGGCGGCAUAUUCCAGUAUGACUUUGGCAAGACGGUCCAGGGGAAAGGUUUCAAACAACGGGUCUCCUAA